GGAAUGUCACUCUGGCCGUCUCACUCGGCUCUGGACACCCACACCUUUUAUGCCCGCGUUGUCCGACGAGUGCGUCGCUGCUGGCCGCUGAAAAGCGGUGCGGCACUGCUCUGGCGACAACAAGGGCGGACCGGCGGAAUGGGCUCCAGUCGCCGGCAACGGUGGGCAACCGUCUCUUCCCAUGAGUCCACACGGUAAGCGUCUCUGGCCCGGGACCGCUCGUCGGGUCGAGACACUGGAACUGGUCCUCUGGUCACGAUGGAUUGUCUGUGGCGGUGUUGGCUGGACGACUGGGUUCGGCGGAUACAUUGGGCGGCUUGUCCGCUGCAUGCUCUAUCGGCUGUCGCCUCCCUGUAGGCACGACUCCCGGAAGGAGAGGGAGAGCGCAGCUUCGGCUCCAUACGGUUAUCCGGUACAUUUCGCGCUUCUGCCCGCGGCUCACCUUGCAGGAAUCACUUCGGUGAGCGAGGGCUGUCAGGCUGCAUACGGAAAUGUUAGGAAGGAUGAUAUCUUAACGCCGUGCUGUUACACUCUCGGUACCCUCACUUUCCACACCCCCCUUCCUGCAUGCUGUCCGACCAACUCACGGCUCCGCCGACCCCCACGGACCGCGCUGCGGAAGCAUGCUCGCGCGUCAUGGUACUCAUGAGGUCCGACCAGGCGCAUUAACUCGUCCUCGUAGGCUGUGUCCUACGUCCGACGAGACGCCAAAAAUCUUCUGUGUCUUGCAC